AUGAUCUCUGAUAACCAAUUGAACUCCUUAGUUAUUUUCUUUGGUUUGACCAUGAUGACUUUAAUCGUUAUUUAUCAUGUUGUGGAUUCUACUUUCAAUGAAAAGAAAAACAAUUAA